UGCAAUACUUUAAUAUGUAUACUGCAACUUAAUACUUACAUAAUCUUGCGGCAUGAAAGUGAAUCUUGACUUCAGCCUUAAAUAAUUAUUAUUCAGCCGGCAUGACUUAUAAUGAAAAAUAGUUGCUAAUGUGAGUUUUUCAGUUUCAAAUAGUGCCUCCAUUUAUUACUGAAGGCAUGAACAUUUUAUUAAUAAUUGUGUAAAACAUAAAUAUUAUUCGCAAUGGUCUUGCAACUGGAAUGUUGGCCGGACGAGUUAAGUCCUGCUCAAUUAGCGGCGUUUAAAAAAGCAGAUGAUGAACACCAGGAAAUACAAACUAAACUUGAUGAAAUCGUUAAAUCCACUGGUGGAGAAGUCGUUUUUACAGGGGAUAACUGUGCUGCUUAUCAAGUGUCUGGAGGAACGCCUUCUUCACUUCAAAAUCACACAGCAAAGUCUUUAAAGGUUCCAAAGAAUUCCCAUUUAAGUACUCCUCACAGCGGAUAUGUUGAUAAUACAAUACAAAAGACGAGUAGUGGUAAACGAGCAAGCCGCGCUGCGGCUUUGGCUGCUGCGUCAGCGGUUGCAGCAUUGGAUCGGGAUUCUGACAGUCCCACACCUCCUCCAGCCAAGAAAAUCAAGCAGGUGAUUACAAGGUCUGGAAGACCUAGUAAGAGUACCUAUAAAAGCAGAAGUCCAUCACCUCCACCUGCACCCACUACUAGUAAAACAACAAGGUCGAAGGUCAUUGCUAGUGAGCCUACCACCUCAAAGAAACAUCCUAAAGAAGCUGUACAAAAUGUAACAGCUACUGUUCGGCCAACUGAAGCUACAUCUGUGGGUGGCUUAGCUACUGGUGGAGUUGGAGGCAAAGCCAAAAAUACUUUUGUAGACCUAACGAAGGAUGAUUCUGGUAGACCACUCCCAGAUUCUCGAGAAGUGUCAUUUAAUAAGUUGCAGGGUAAAACCUAUCCAUCCUUGGUUGUUGUAGCUAGACCUUACUUACAUGCAAAAGAAAAUAUUAAUGCUGAUCGAUCCGCACUAGAUGCUAAAGUCAAAAGUGUUUUGAUGCAUACUCCAACAAAGUUCACAGAAUGGCUAAUUCAACAAGGGCUUGUCAGAUCUGAUCAAAUUUGUGCAAUUCACCCACAAAAUCAUUUGAAACUAGGAAUGUAUUCGGAUGUUUCUAAGUUUCCCUAUUCUGGUGGUUAUGUUUGGAUUAGUGAAUGCUGUCCAACGAGAUUUGUUUCUGUUUUUUCUGGUUCUUUUUUGAGGGGCUACUCAUCCACCGGUGUUCUCUUGAAACUGGAUAUAUCAUUGGUCUUGUCAGACUAA